AUGGCGGGGAGACGGUGUCUCAUUUCUCCACCGGAGGCUGAGGAGGUUGAUCACAGGCACUUGCCUGACGUCAUAAUCCACCACAUCUUCUCCUUCUUGCCCUUCAAAGACGUGGUCAAGACAAGCGUGUUGUCCAAUCAAUGGCGUUUCGCUUGGACCUCCACUCCAAACAGAUCUCUCUCUCCCCUCAGAGGGUGUCCUCCUUCGAUCAGCGGAGCACUGAGUCUUUGCACAGCUACUACGGUAGAGAAGUUCCAUCUUGAUGCUUCUAUGUCUGAUUUAUGCACCCGCACUGAACUUGAUCGGUGGUUUCGCUUCACCGCGGUGCGCAAAGUGGAAGAUGCUUCGUUGGUCUUUGGACGACGCUGGCAUCACGACGUACCUCGAAUCUUGUGCGGUUGCGCGUCGCUGGUGAGCUUGCGAGUGUCUAAUUGUACUUUUUCAAGUUAUGUUACCAUCCACUGGCCUUCACUUAAGAAAUUGUGCAUUCACGACGUUUUCUUGGACAGCGAUGGGAUUAUGAAAAUCUUGAGCGGGUGCCCUGUUGUUGAAUCUCUUAAGUUGCAUGUGCAUUGCAAUCUCCGGAUGAAUUCAAUAUCUCUAAGAGAGUUGGUGAUAGAAGCCGUUUAUAUUUCGUCGCUCCAUAUUUCGACUCCGAAUCUGCUUUCAUUGCGUUUGUCGGGCGGAUUUGACUACAUAAGCUUUAGACCAAGUGGAGUAUCUUCAUUAGCAGAGGCAGAGUUGAACUUUGACAAGCCAACUGAGUUUGGUCGCCGCUUUGCUGACCAUUUGAAGUUCCUUCCUUCUCCUGACCGGUUGAAGUUCCUUCUUGAGGAGCUGCAACAUGUCGCGAAAAUCACAAUCGGAAGCUGGUGCCUUGAGGUGCGAGUUGAUUUUGUCUGGUCUUUCUUCCUUUUCGAUGGGCCGGUGCCGAUCCAUUUCGCUCUUAAAGCUUUGUAUCUGAAGGCAGAGAAUCUUGUCGUGCGAGAAUUGGUUUUUAUCAGCAUAGUCGCCAGCUGCAGUUUUCAUGCACAUGCAUCUACUUACAUGUAUGCUUUUGCAGUCAACCUCAUAUCAUCUACUUUCGGGCUUUUUACCUUCGACAACAAGGAUUAUCCGGAGCUCUACGACUUUGAUGAAAAGCAAUUUUGGCACUCACAGAAGGGGUUCUAUUGUGUGGCAAAUCAUCUUAAAAGGGUUGAAAUUGUUGGGUUCGAAUUUGACAAUGAGAAAUAA